UCUGUAUGAUCUCGUUUGUGAGGUGCACAUGCAUGCUUACAGAGUUGAGACAAACCCCUGAAAAGGAGAUUUGCUGGCUGGGGAAAAAUGUGCUUUUUGCCCUGUUGACAUUCAGACCCGGAUUUUUCAGAUGGCAAAGCAGCAGGUCUCUGUGUUCGCUCAGUAGUGCCUCUGAUUGGGCUAGUAAUAAGCAAUCAGCAAGAGAACUGUGAUGGAAAAUUACUCUGUAUGUGUGUGCGUGAAAGAAAAAGAGAGAGAGAGAGUGUGAAGACGAUGAAGUGGAAGAAAUGGUCAGCAUAAAAGAAAGUCCAGAAAUAGUUGACACAGAAUUGCAGUGAGAGAUAUUGAAGGCACUUUGGUGAUAACAGUGCUUAGUCAGAGCCUGGAAAUGGAGAGUUUCGCACCUGAGAACCGCAGGCGCUUCAGCUGGGAUGGGUGGAAAAAUGUACUGCUGCCACAGUUGAACAGACGAUCGCUGUAUGCCUACGGCAGUGAGGUGGCUGUGGAGAAGGAGUGCAUGAGACAGAGAGAGGGGGGCAUAUUCGUCAUCCAUCCCUUCAGUCGUUUAAGGAGUUACUACAUCAUGUGUAUGGUGGCCAUAACUUUUCUUAAUCUAAUUGGAAUCCCAAUGGAGAUUGCCUUUCUAGAUGGGCACAGUGGAGUAGGCUGGGAGGGUUUUAAUGUAUUCUCAGACACACUGUUCCUGAUUGACGUUGGGCUUAACUUUCGCAUGGGUAUCAUUAAUGAGGAAAGUGAGGGAGCCAUUCUUGAUUUGAAAAGGAUUCGACAAUGUUACUUAAGGAGCUGGUUUGUGCCUGAUAUGGUGGCAGCAUUCCCAGUUGGCUACAUACUACUUAUUGCGGACCUACAAUACCAUAGCGACUCUCCUUCAUCAAAGGCAAGCAAAAUGAUGCGCAUCCUGAUGUUUGUGAGAAUCCUCAGUCUUUUCCGCCUACUGCGUGUGUCCCGGCUUGUUAGGUUUUUCAAUGAGGUGGAGAGGGUUUCCAAUGCCAACUUAGAGGUGGUGAGGGUAUUCCUAAGAAUCUUGUCUUUAUUUAUGAUGAUUUUCCUGCUGUGUCACUGGAAUGGCUGUAUUCAGUAUUUUGUACCUAUGCUUGAGGAGUUUCCCUCAGACUGCUGGGUUAGAAAAGAGAAUCUAAUGAAUGCCACAGUGGGAGAGAAGUAUUCUUUUGGAGUCUUUCGGGCGCUAUCUCACAUGACUGCAAUAUCAUAUGGUUCCUCUGAAACACCAACAAACGAUGUCGAGCUGUGGAUUGUCAUGACUAGCAUUGUGUCUGGAGCCCUCAUGUACACAGUUAUGGUCGCCAACACCGCUGUUAUGAUGACUGAUGUGGACACAACAGCAAGAGCAUACAAGAGCAAGAUGAAUCAUCUGGAAGAUUAUAUGACUUUUAUGAAGCUUCCUAAAGCCCUACGUAUGCGCAUCAGCAACUACUUUCAGGCUCGUUAUGCAGGAAAAUGGUAUGAUGAGAAGGACGUCCUAAAGUGGGUGUCCUCAUCGCUCAGAGAGGACAUUUUGAUGAGCAUUUGCUCCGGUCAUGUGAGAAAUGUUCCCAUCUUCCGGAACCGUGAUGUAAACUUCAUCAAUGCCAUUCUCCUGGAGCUGCAGUGUGAGGUCUUCCAGGAGGGUGACAUCAUCAUCUGUCGGAAUGGUCCUGGUGACCGCAUGUUCUUAAUAGAACAUGGGCAAGUCCUUGUGGAGAAUGAGUUCUUCCAGAGGAAACUGUAUGAUGGAGACUACUUUGGAGAGUCUUGUCUUUUAACAAGACGAAGGCAUUUGGCCACAGUAAAAGCGCUGACAAUCUGUCAGCUUUUUUCCUUGUCAGUGGACAGCUUUCAUCGUGUUAUAGAGGACUACCCUGACAUCAGGAGGGACCUGGAGAUAUCACAAUCAGACAAAAACAUUCUAUUAUUUUGACAAAAUGUAGUAAGACGCAGGAGGAAAGUUACACUUCAUCUCCAUUUUGCCUGGGCUGGAAUCACAUGGAUGGCUACACCCACAAGCCCCUCCUGCAACUUCCACAGCAUGCAACUGGCCAGAUAGAGCCAGUAUGUACUUGGAUCUUCAUCAAUAGCAACAUAUACUUCAGGAUGUCUAAUUCAACUCUACUAUCAGCUGAUGGAUGCAAGAUAUUUUAAGGGAGGAAGGUGUGUCUUGGUUGCAAGCAACCACACUGGAAUAUGAUUCCUCUAAUUAUACAGACAGAAAGUUUUUAGACUGUUUGCUGACCUCUCUUCUUGGCCUCUACUGCUACUGCCCAAGUCUCCACAGGAUGCACCAUGACAGCCCAGCACUGUCUGUCAUAAUUUUACUCUAAUAUUUUUAGGAUCUCAACCAAGUCUACAUUAGGAGUGCCUGAUUUCUGCCAAUUAGAGAGUUCUUGAUAAAAAUAAAAAAUAAAAAAGCUAGUUAACAUAAUUUACCUGAAUUCACAAAAAUAAUGUGGACUAUUAUUGAUUAACCUUUCUGGGGGUUAAAACCUGCAAAUCUGAAACAGUAAAAGUUUCUAAAAAUGCAAAAAGGUUUUGGGAAAAUCUUAACUCAAAGUAAAUAAAGUAGUUCCUGUUUUAAAAGUUAGCCGCUGAUAAAACAUAAUUUAAUAAUAAAGUUCCUUAGUAAACAUGGAUCUUUAUCAUUUCACUGUUUAAUUGUUGAUCUUUUGUUCUGAAUAUUUUUUGUCAGGGACAGAGUGUACAUUUUCAUUGCUUUUACGACAAAAAAAAAAAAAAAAGCACUACUCAGGGCCCUUUCUGAGCAUAUGGGGGCCCUAAGCGAAAUCCUUCUAGGAGCAGCCUGGUUAUAGCUAGAAACAGCCCUGGUAUUAGUCUUCUUUUUCAAGGGUAUAUAUGACCAUGUUAAUAAGCCCUCCAUAAAUCAGCAUGCAUAUUAAUUGUAAAUUCUUAAUUUUUGUCUUCUGUCUUUAAAUGUAUAUUGUAUUUAUCAUUUUUAAUAUAUCAUUUUAAGUCUUGAAAUCUAAAGAAACUUAUACUAAACUAAUAUUUCUGUUUUAUCUACUGCUGUUCACAUAAGCAUUACUUCACAUUCAUACAUAUUUACACUGGCGGCCAAAAGUUUGGAAUAAUGUACAAAUUUUGCUCUUAUGGAAAAAAAAUUGGUACUUUUAUUCACCAAGGUGGCAUUCAACUGAUCACAAUUUAUAUUCAGGACAUUAAUAACGUGAAAAAUUACUAUUACAAUUUAAAAAAAAAAAAAAAAUUAUUAUUCAGAACUUCUUAAACUACUUCAAAGAGUUCUCAUCAAAAAAUCCUCCACGUGCAGCAAUGACAGCUUUAUAGAUCUUUGGCAUUCUAGCUGUCAGUUUGUCCAGAUACUCAGGUGACAUUUCACCCCACACUUCCUGUAGCACUUGCCAUAGAUGUGGCUGUCUUGUCGGGCACUUCUCACGCACCUUACAGUCUAGCUGAUCCCACAAAAGCUCAAUGGGGUUAAGAUCUAUAACACUCUUUUCCAAUUAUCUGUUGUCCAAUGUCUGUGUUUCUUUGCCCACUCUAAUGUUUUCUUUUUGAUUUUCUGUUUCAAAAGUGGCUUUUUCUUUGCAAUUCUUCCCAUAAGGCCUGCACCCCUGAGACUUCUCUUUACUAUUGUACAUGAAACUGGUGUUGAGCGGGUAGAAUUCAAUGAAACUGUCAGCUGAGGACAUGUGAGGCGUCUAUUUCUCAAACUAGAGACUCUGAUGUACUUGUCCUCUUGUUUAGUUGUACAUCUGGACCUUCCACAUCUCUUUCUGUCCUUGUUAGAGCCAGUUGUCCUUUGUCUUUGAAGACUGUAGUGUACACCUUUGUAUGAAAUCUUCAGUUUUUUGGCAAUUUCAAGCAUUGUUUAGCCUUCAUUCCUCAAAACAAUGAUUGAAUGAUGAGUUUCUAGAGAAAGCUGUUUCUUUUUUGCCAUUUUUGACCUAAUAUUGACCUUAAGACAUGCCAGUCUAUUGCAUACUGUGGCAACUCAAAAACAAACACAAAGACAAUGUUAAGAUUCAUUUAACGAACCAAAUAGGUUUCAACUGUGUUUGAUAUAACGGCAAGUGAUUUUCUAGUACCAAUUUAGCAUGAUUACUCAAGGAUAAGGUGUUGGAGUGAUGGCUGCUGGAAAUGGGGUCUGUCUAGAUUUGAUUAAAAAAAUGACUUUUUUCAAAUAGUGAUGGUGCUGUUUUUUACAUCAGUAAUGUCCUGACUGUACUUUGUGAUCAGCUGAAUGCCACUUUGGUGAAUUAAAGUACCAAUUUCUUUCCGAAACAGCAAAAUCUGUACAUAUUCCAAUCUAUUGGCUGCCAGUGUACAUGAAACUGUAAAUUAUCUGAAAGCACCUUUGCCAUUCAGAAUAUAUAAAAUGGGUAUUUCUCUAGGUCCAGGUUGAUAUACAAGGCCUGUCAAGCAAGAAUGCUGGACGUUUGCUGGAGAGUAAAAUAAAACAAUGAACCAUGGAUUCUCCUUUCACCAGUGGUUGAAGACUUCAAAGCUGACCCCUUAUUUUCAGAAUCCAAGAUUAUAAAUUAUUCAGAUGGCCCCUGACGUGGACUGUGCAGCCUUUGAAGCAUUGCACAAGGGCUUACAUAAGGGAGAAGUUAUGGGGUGUAUUUUGUCAGUUCUGAGUCAUCAUCAGUUAUUUUUAUCAUAUAGGGGGCGGUGCAGUGGUAAUCUACUCACCACUACUUACAUUUGAUGUAAAUAUACUAAAUAAAAUAUAACACA